AUGCACGGCGUUUGUCUUCAACAAGGGAUGACGCGAACGUCGUCGACGGUCAAUUUUACUCAAGCGAGUACUUCUUCAUCGUCGAGAAAGACAAUCGCGAUGCCAUUUCCGAGAUCGCGAGGCAGAGGAGGGAAGGCUUCAACGACGCGCGACGCCGUGGCUGAGCCAUCGCAACAAGAACAAACGUUCCAAAGACGACCGGAAGAUGUCGUUCGAUCGAAUGGGAAAGAGGUUGAACUAUUCGCCUUAGAAGCGUGCGUGAAAAGACAGGAGAGCGGCCAGUUGGCUCCGAAAGUGAACGUCGUGCCGUCUAUAUUAGAUCCAGCGUUUGAGCGUUGCCGAGAAGUCACCGCAGAGUACGCGAAGACGUUUUAUCUAGGAACAAAAUUGAUGACGCCGGAGAAACAACGGGCAAUUUGGGCGAUUUACGUCUGGUGCAGACGUACGGACGAGUUAGUAGACGGGCCGAACGCGUCGCACAUUACGCCAGAGGCUUUGGAUAGAUGGGAGGAGCGCUUGGAGAAUAUUUUUGCCGGGAAACCGAUGGACGUUAUCGAUGCGACGUUGGCGGAUACCGUGAGUAAGUUUCCGGUUGAUAUCCAACCGUUUCGAGAUAUGGUUGAUGGUAUGAGAAUGGAUUUGGUAAAACCACGGUACGAAACGUUCGAUGAGUUGUACGAGUAUUGCUAUCGCGUGGCUGGUACUGUUGGCUUGAUGUCCAUGCCGAUUAUGGGCGUGGAUGAAAACUAUAAAGGCGACUUACAGUCGGUGUAUAAAGCGGCGUUAUCGUUGGGAUUAGCGAACCAGUUGACGAACAUUCUCAGAGAUGUUGGAGAAGAUGCGAGAGAGCGUAAUCGCAUUUACGUUCCCUUGGAAGAUUUGGCUAAGUUUGGCAUCACCGAAGGUGAAGUGUUGACGGGAUUGGUACAAAACGGGAAAGUGGACGAACGCUGGGUGAAGUUUAUGAAGUUUCAAAUCGCGAGGGCGCGAGAGUGCUUUGCUUCCGCGGAAGCCGGCGUAAACUGUUUGAAUAAAGACGCGAGAUGGCCGGUAUGGUCCGCGCUGGACGUAUACAGAGAUAUUUUAGAUGCCAUCGAGGCGAACGGAUACGACAACUUCACGCAAAGAGCGUACGUACCAAAGAUGCAAAAGUUUGCGAUGUUGCCGACAAGUUUCGCAAAGGCGCAACAAGGGCCGACGGAAGAGCAGCAAAAGGGUCGCUGGAACGAGUAA